AUGAAUAGGCAAAUUUAUGAAUUUGAGUCCCCAAGCCAUAGACAUCAAAACUCAACUUAUCCAGACAGUGAACAUGACCCCUAUAGAAAGCGAAAGGCAGUCCCAGUUCAUUCUACUCCUUCGGACCGGGAUCCUUUAGAUGGAGCUCAUUCAAGACAAGGUUCAGACAGUAGCACGAGCGGAUUGGCAACAAACGCUGCAAAUGUUGCACUACGACCAAACUACUCUGACUAUGAUACCAACAACACCAAUACCAUCACCAAAAACAUCAAUAAAGGUCCAAACAAAAGUACGAAUGCAAACACACGCAUAAACAUAAACAUCAAUACAAUCAGCACUGAUAUUGACCCCUAUUGUCCAAGUCGAGGUCUCAAAGAAAAAAAACGGCUCUUACCCACCCAAAGAGCAAACUCUUAUCUUCCUUAUUCUCGCCACAACCGUGACCCAUGCCAGCAACCGGCGCCCAUCUACAUCGAAGACAACCCCCCAUGUUUCCCUAUACCUGACAAAGAAGGCGGUGUUGUGUCUAUGCUGCAAGACGACCUCUGCAUCCUUGACAUCAGAGCCCAGCAGGCUGCUCUUAACCAACAACAACAACAAGAUAAAGAAAACGAAAAAGACGGCCAAGACCCACUACAGAAACUUAACCAUCUGCACCCCACAAGCUCUACACUCGAGAAUCUAUUGUUGAGCCGCAAACGACGCAAAUUCUGGAAAAAACGGCGCACACUUGCAGGUCUUGUGGUGUUUCUUAUUGCUGUUGGAGUCACAUGGUAUUUUGUGUGGCCCAGAUUCCCAACCGUCGCAUUGAUAGGUGCAGACGUGACCAACAAAACAGACUGGACCACCAACAGCACUCUGUCGAUGAAAACAUCCUGGCGCCUCAACAUGACCGCCGACAACUCUGCCAAUUGGAUCCACACCCGGUUCACAAACAUUGCCGUCACUCUGACGGAUGUCAAUACGCUCGAGCAGUUUGGACAGGGAGGGUCAGGGCCACUGAUUCUUUCUGGGCGUAAAAAGCAGCCGAUAUCCAUACCUCUCAACAUAUUCUAUUCAACCAACAUGGCCGGAAAUCGCACUUUCCAAGAUCUUUACAAUGCAUGUGGAGUCCAAGUAAGGAAUCCUGUGCCUGCCGAACAACAAGAGACCCUCCAAGUCGUAUUCCACAUCACAUACUCCAUUGUUGGAAUUGCAUGGACAAAAACAGAUACUAUCCAGCCUGUCAAUGGAUUCUCUUGUCCUACAGACUAA